AUGGAGACAAGUCCUUUGCCGCCAACAGAGGAAAUCGAACAACAAGAAGUGAUAGACACUCAACCCAUUGCUCAGAUUACACAUGUGGAUAUUCGAUUUAGUCUUGCUUUAGCUGUACCUGCUAGUUCUCCGUCAUCGCACAAUGAAUCUUCUGUUCUAACCAAUAGUCCAGCGAAAAAUAAACGAACACCCGAAACAACGAAAAUCCAAGGAUACUAUCGCGUUGAAUAUUCAUUGAUACCCGGCACACCCAAUGUCGCUUUUGACAUCGUUGUCUUUCGAGCAGCUGCAAAAAUCUAUCCCGAUGGUCAGAGAGCCUAUGUUAUUCCAAUAUGGCAAGAUGACAAUGAUAAUGCUUGGAUUGUCUGGAGUCACAUUCAUAAACUGGACUUGAACCGUGAACAGUUGUUAGCGUUAUUAGAACAGAAAAUUCUGGUGAAAAUCUGGGAGGGAAGAGAUUUUUGUACAGUACGGACGAAAUUAGACAAACCUCGAAUCGGUCGUCUUCCAGCAAAUUCAACAAAUGAAGAUGAUGAAAAUUCACCAAAAAAUAUUGUACAAAGUAUGGCACAGAAUUAUGCGGAUAAAUGGAUAGCAAGGCCGUUGUUGUACAAAUUACAACGAAAACUGCCAAUUCAAGUCGCACCUCCAACACCAUUCUUACAAAAGAAAAUUUAUGAGAUGGAAGAUACAAGACCAGCGGCACCUGUUUCACCGGAGGCUUUACUUGAAACAUCAAUGGAAAGUUUGAGUGGAGAGCCUAAAACAGCACUUGAUGAAACGACAGCUCGAUCAAAUCCAAGUCCUCAACAUGGAAUUUUGAAGAAAGGUGUAGAAAAAGCUGAGAGUAAAUCAAUGGAACGCGUCACUCACAAAAAAGGACCCAAAUCCAACAAACAAAACGAAGAGAAAAAGCUUAAUGGUAUCGCACAAAUCAUUAUCCCAAGCAACUUGAUCUUCGCCGGAUAUAAAAUCAUUACUUAUCGUCUUCCUGAUGAUUCCUCUUUACCACAUACGAUUCAAGAUUGUUUUGCUAGUAUCAAAAUCGAAGAUCCUCAAUCACUGCAUACAGCUUUAGCUAAGGAAUUUAAUCCAUUGACUAUCACAAUAUGUCAUGUAGAAAAUAUGCCAUCAACACCGAUUUCCUAUACGGAAUUAAAACAAAGAUGUGAACCAGUCUAUUGUUCUUAUCAGUUAUUCAAUCAACCUGUUCAUCAAACAUCGAGAAAGUCCCAGGCACGUCAUAUCCAUUGGCCUGAUACUCAUGUCUAUCUGACCAAUCUAAUCGAUGAAAGUCUCCUGAACCAAUUUCGAAAUUCACCAAUUCUUAAUAUCGAGCUUCAUGAUCGAGACGAAUGUGAACAAACUCGACGACGUGUUGGAAGUGUUUUUGGUUCCGAAAAUACCGACGAAAACAUUGGAAGAGUUUCAGGUGGUCCUAAAUAUCACAAGUCGAAGGACGAACUCAAUUGGCAUCCGUAUGGUUGUGUAAGAUUAGAUUUAACCGAAUUGUGGUUAGGACAAACGUCAUUGGAGUUUUAUACUCCUGUUGUUCCAUGUCAUGCACCAGAAACUCACUCUGGACGAGCCUCGAAUGGCACUCAUUCAGUUUUGAACGAAAAUUUAACUAUUCAACAAGGAGAUUUUCUUUCCAGUGGUACUCAGAUGAAAAUUGUCGUACGAUUAGCGAAACCAUUAGUACCACAAAUCGAACAUCGUCUUCUAGACGAUCGACAAUUACCGACGACAGUUGUCGCACCAUUCACUCGAAUCGUUUUCAUUUUCUCCUAUGACAACACAACGUUUCUGACAGCACUUCAAACUUGUAUUCGAGUAUUGAAUGCGAAAGCAUUAGGCUUCGAUCAUCAACCCAUUCAUGCACAAGUUACAACGCUGUCAACAUAUAAACUAACUGAUAUUCAACAAGAAGAUAAAAACUUGCAUAUUAUCACUGGAUUCCAUUUAUUCGAUGAUGAACAGCAUAUCUUUGUUCUUGAAGGUCGAAAAGAAGAAGCGAUUGAUCUUCUCUAUGAAACCGUACCUAAACUAAAAGGGCAAAACGUGGAAAUUCUUUAUGACUCAUCGGUACAUUUCAACAAACGUCUCUAUGUAAAAUUCGGUAUUGACAUCACACAUAUUCGUUUAUCUCGAACAUUGCAUAACAUUGUUUCACAACCGUUAAUCUAUGUUCGAGAUAGUUUAACCAAAGAAACAUUCAAAGCUCUUAAAAAAUUACAUGAACUCGUGCUUGUACAUAAAUUGAAUUCAUCUGCUCGACACCGACUGUUUCCAACCAUGGAAAUGAUCACAUCACUGAACAAAGACUUCGGCGUGCCUUUAACAGAAAAUGAAAUCAAAUUAUUUUCAAGCGAUGAUCGAUUGCCACCAACACCGUCAAGACCAACAUCAUCUCAACAUCCAAUCGAAGAAGCACAUCGAGAAACUGAAUACAAUCAUAGCACAUAUACCGAACCAGUUAAAGAGCAAACUAUGCAAUCGAAGAAUGAUAUUCAACGACCGCAGAUUAACUUUGUUGCGAGAAAUAUGGAACAUAUUCGAUUAGCAAGUUUAAAAAAUAAAGAAGAUCGUCCGAUUGAUGAUACACUUCUGUUUACAACAACAGGCUCAGUUUACCCAUACAGUUCACAGAGAUUGAAUUCCACUGAAAAUGCUUUGGAACAAAUGCGAACUUAUCUCAAAGAAACUCAUCAUUCGGCUUCGUGUUCAUUCAAUCCUGAUUAUCCUUCGCUUACCUAUUCACCAUAUUCAAACGAAGAAACAACCAUGGAUUUUCAUCACAAACUUCGUUUACCAUUUGACUUUGAUUUAGUUAAAUCGAAAGAAGCACUUGCCGAUAAAUCCAUACCCAAUUGGAUCGAUACAGCAGGAUACCGUUCGAGUCGGCAAUGCAACGUUCAUCCAAAACUACCCGAUUUUGCACGACUCGAUGAACUAUCUAAACCACCACAUGAAUGGUACCAACAGUCUAUUCAUGACAGUCAAUCGCCAAUCAUCAUUCGUGAACCAUGUAAAUGGAUUCAUCGAAAGAGCGAUUUCGAUCGAUGGACACAAGCUCCACCUUUAGUUCGAAGUAUAUCCGCUCAUUGGCAAACCGAACAUGAACUGUCCCGAACAACAUCUUUACCAUCCACUUCAACCGUCGUCGUUGCUGAUUCGCGAAUGCAUUUUCUUCGGCGAUCAGCUCAAACAGAAAUGAUUAAUGAAGGACGAUUAUCAGCUAGCCAAUUAGACCGUUUAACAGGCAUUCUUAAAGAUAAACCCAUCAAAAAAGGUCUUCUCUUACCGAAAUCAUACACAAGACAAGACGGAUGUCAAUCAGCUCCAUUAGUCUCUUCGAAUCCUUCCAAUCACUGCAUGUCUUCACAAACCCGAAAUCUCUUACCUGUCUUCAUUGAUCUCUGUUAA